UUCCACUAGAGUUGGAAAGAUAGAGAGAGUAAAAUGGCCGAGAUUCGAUUCUCGACCAGUGUCCGACCGGCGAGUUAUGAUCCCGAAUCAACUGAUACCAUUUCUAAUGAAUUAACUCCAUGGGAUCUCCAGCUACUUUUAUUCGGCCCAAUCCAAAAGGGUCUUCUCUUCCUCAAACCAACACACUCACAAGAGAAGCAAUUCCUAUCAGACAGUGCCACCGUCAUUGAUCACCUCAAAUCCUCCCUCUCUCAAACCCUAGAUUUCUUCACUCCCCUUGCCGGCCGUCUCGCCACCGUCAAAAACUCCGAUAACACCACCUCCUUCUUCCUACACUGCAACAAUGCCGGGGCAGAGUUCAUUUAUGCCGUGGCUCCCACUGUUACAGUGGCCGACAUCCUUGAGCCCGUGUACGUGCCUCGCUUCGUGCACACAUUUUUUCCAUUAAAUGGAGUUCAAAAUCGCGAAGGCGUCACCAAGCCCUUACUUGGGGUGCAAGUUACUGAGCUCGCCAAUGGAUACUUUAUUGGGUGCUCCAUCAAUCACGCGGUGGUUGAUGGCACAUCUUUUUGGCAUUUCUUCAAUUCAUGGUCGGAAAUUUCCCGCGGUUUCGACAAGAUAUCGAAGCCUCCUGUUUUUUUCGGUAAUUUCCCUAAUGAUAUUGAUUGUCCCACCCGUAUUCCUUUGUGUGACAACCAACUCAAUGGCGGGUCCAUUAGUUUCCCGCCACAACUUCAAGAAAGGGUAUUUAAUUUUACCAAAGAAAACAUUGCGGGACUCAAAGCAAAAGCGAAUGCCGAAAUGAAAACUACUCGUAUCUCCUCUCUUCAAGCGCUUAUGGCUCACAUAUGGCGAUCAAUAAUACGUUGUAGAAAAAAUAUUGCCAGUGCUGAGCAAGAGACACAGUUUAAUUUGGCAAUUGGUGUGAGGCCGAGGUUGCAGCCACCAUUGCCGAAAGGGUAUUUCGGGAACGCGGUGUACUUUGAGCCCGUGACCACCAAAGUCAGCGAGCUGCUCGAGCACGGACAAGGUUGGGUUGCUUUGCAGAUGAACAAGUUAAUUGCCUCGCAAAACGAUGAUGAAAUAAGGAACUACUUGAAGUGUUGGGUGAAAAACCCUAAGUUGCUGACAAUAGCUUCCAUGACAAGCAACGCCCUGCUCCCAAGCAGCUCACCUCGGUUUGAUGUGUAUGGAAAUGACUUCGGGUGGGGAAAACCGGUGGCCAUGAGAAGUGGCGAGGCGAACAAGGCUUGUAGGUAUGUCACAUUUUUUCAGGGGGCGGAAGAAGGGAGCAUUGAUACUGAAGUUUGCUUGUUGCCUGAGACAUUGCGUGCCAUGGAGAAUGAUGCUGAGUUCAUGGAGUUUGUCACCAUGUGAAAAUUGCAGACACCCCGAUUGGUUGUAUCAUUGAUAUUAUUUUAUUAAUUACAUUUGGAACAAUCUGAAGAUUAUAAACUUCGGGUGGGAUAUUUCUUAGAGGGGUUGAAUUAAUGGUUUUUUUUAUCAUUCCAAGGGUUCUUCUGUGAGAUUAUCUAAGUUGUUUGGGUGUUUUUCUCACCUCAAUAAUAUCUUUGGAGGUUUCCAGAGUCUGUGUUCUCUGUUGUUCUUGCCUUGGGUAUGCCCAAGGCUGGUCAGUCAUUGUCUGCCUCUGCUUCUUUUUGUACGUACCUUAUUAUGCAUUCUUUAUUGAAUAAAAUCAUUCAUUCCGGAAAAAAAAAAA